UAGUUAUAGCAACAAGAUUUAAGCAAGAUAAUUUCAAAGUUGAUCUUAAAUUUUGGUGCUUCUUUAUGAAAGCAUCUGAUUUAAGCUUGUAAAUGGAAGAGGAAAAUGUUUCAAAACUUAUUUCAGAGUCUUUUGAAAAAUUGUCUUCUCAAAAGACAUCUAAUGAUAUCACAAAACGUAAUAUUUUAAAAGAACUGCAUAAAAUUAUUUUAACGAAUUGUCAUGAUGGAUCUCAUGAAAAAAACUUGAACAAUCUUUUGAAAAAUGUGGUUGAAUCAUUGAAUAUUAUAUUAUUUGACAGAAGUGAGAGAUGUCGAGAAAUAUCUCUAUUGAUAUUGAAGGACAUGACUCGACUUUCAUUUAUUUCUAACGAUGUUUUCCCCUCUAUAAUAAAUGCUAUAGCAAAACGCUUGCGAAAAACUGACGAAAGAGAGCAGUCAGAGGAAAUUAGACUUCUUCAUCUUGCUUUAUUGUAUGAAAUCAUUGAGAAAUAUGAAGGUGAUUUAUUACCUUGUACAAAUGACAUAUCAAGUAUUUUGGCCGCGUGCAUCAUUGAUAAUUGCCCUGAUGUAAAGAGGAGAAGUUGUGAAUGCUUGCUAGUUUUUGCAUCUAAAAAGGACUCUUGCUUUCGUAUGGCAGCCAGUAAUUUCUUGAAACCUUUGCUUAUAAUCAUUUCUCAUCAACAUUUGAAAACACGGACUUUAUGUGUCAAAGCCCUUGGAUGUAUUGUGAAUUACUUGAAUAACAAGGAAUUUCAAGAAGCUCUGAUACACCUUGCUCAAAGGUUGUUUGAUAGAUCUCCAUUAGUUAGAAUUGCUGUAACUGAAGUUAUAGGAAAUAUGUUGAUGAAUGUGGAUGACAGAUACUCAUAUUUUCAUCUUCUUAUUCCUCUUGAACUUUCAUCUUUGCAUGAUGAAGUGUUAGAAGUAAGAUCCAAGGCAGAAGAUAUUUGGAAGAAAGUUGGGAAUCAAUAUAUUGUAGAAAAUGAGAAGGAUUACAAGGAUCUAAUAGAUUUCCCACCUCCUGAUCCAUCUGAUUAUCCUGAUAAAGAAAUCAGACCUUCAGUAGGAUGUCGCAUUAUAGUACAAAGGCAUCUUUUUAAUAUUUUGCCUCCUCUGCUUCAUGAUAUGGCUGACUGGGUUCCUGAAACAAGAAUCAAAUCAUCCAAAGUUUUGUAUUCGCUUAUUCUUCAUUCAGAGGAUAAGAUAACCAUGCAGCUGCCUAAAGUAUUAGAAGGAAUCAUGAUUGCUGCCAAAGCUGAAGAAAGAGAAGCUGCUGAGCAAGCAAUGAGAUGUGCAGAACUUUUGGGGUACUUUGUAGAUUCCAAUCAUCUUUUUGAUAGCUUAUUAAAUUUAAUACAUAAAAGUCCAUCAGCUCCUCAUUUAAGUAUAUUAGCUGCUUGUAUUAGAGGACAGAAAAAAGAUAUUUCCAAGGAAUGCCUCAAAGCAGUUUGUAAGUUUUUAUCUGAAGUGGAAGUGUGCAGAACUAGAGAAGGUGAUGGACAAGCUAAUUUACUAUUGUGUGUUGAUGCUCUUUUAUUUUCUGUUAGCAAAAUUGGUUCUGUUGUCAGUUAUGAUCUGUUUUCCAUUCUUAGUUCUGUUUCUGGAUUAGCAGUCAGUGAUUCCAUUUUAUCCAAGGCUUCUGAACUGUUUCAAUGCUUGGCAGAAUUGCAAGCUUGCACGAAGAUAUCUCUCUUUGAACAACAUUCAAUGCCACUAUUGAAGAUGAUAUCACAAAAUAAUGAACUGUGGACUUCAGUGAGUCCUGAAGUGCCCAUUUUUAGCUUUAUUAUAGAAUCAGGAUUUCUGGACGAAAAAAUGCUGGAAUUAAUCAUUCCAAUUUUGAUAAAUAACCUUCAUCACAGUAAAGAGGCAAAAGUACGAUGCAAGAUCUUAUCCCUCUCCAUAUCAGUGUUUAAAAAAAUGUCUUCCACUUUCUAUGAAUCUUUAUCAGAAAAAAUACUUGAAGUCAUACGAAUUGGUAUUUUUCCUAAUUUGACCUGGUCUGCUGGCAGAACAGCAAGUAGCCUGCGAGCGAUUGCGGCGGCUACUUUAUUUGAGAUUAUAAACAAAACUUGCAUCAAGAAAGAAAUGGUAGCCUCAAUCGGUGAUGAAUUGCUUCCUAUAAUUGCAACAUUAUCAGACGAUGAUGAAGUAGCGACUCGUCUUGUAACCUGUAAAUUGCUGGAAAUCACUCUACCACAUUUGUAUGGAUCAAUUGACGAUAUUAAAAUUCAUACUGCAUGUUACGAAAUUCUUCGUAGUCUGGAUGAUGUAUCGGACGAUAUUAGGUUGAUGACAGUGAAAGUUUUGAAAGCUUACAUCGAAUCCUUUCCAACCGAUUAUAACUGGUCUUUGUACAGAUCUUAUCUGAAGCAUUUAUUUGAAAAUGUUUUAAUUCAUAUGGAUGACAAGAACGAAAAAAUGAGGCAAAAUAUUUUUGAUUUACUUAAAACUACUGCAUUUGUUGCACCUGAUGUCUUGUUGCAGGAAAUUGAAGCAAAAAGAUAUUUGAUGUCUACUAGUGAUCUAUGUGAUACCCUUACAGAACAUAUUAAAAAUAUGAAAUUAUAGUUUCCUUUUUCUUAUUUGAGAAUUAUUAUUUGAAUGUAAAAGGUCUGUAUCAUGAAAUGUGCAUUGUUUUUUUUUUUAAUAUUUUGAUGUAAUU